GCCCCUCACGUCCGCAUAUCUCGCCCUUUAGGUCGCUCGUAUACAUAAUAGAAAGAAGCCUGAGAUUCAAUCUUGGGAGUGAGGGUUCCUUGACUUAGACGUUGCUUUCCUCUCCUCAGACACCCGACCAGUACCCUGUGACCCUGUGACUGACAGGCAGCCACGAUGCCGCUGGUACGCAACCCGAUCCUGCCGGGCUUCAACCCGGACCCGUCGGUGCUGCGGGUCGGCGAGGACUACUACAUCGCGACAUCGACGUUCGAGUGGUUCCCGGGCGUGCAGAUCCACCACUCGCGCGACCUGGCCAACUGGGAGCUGGCGGCCCGCCCGCUGAGUCGCAAGAGCCAGCUGGACAUGCGCGGCGACCCGGACAGCUGCGGCAUCUGGGCGCCGUGCCUGACACACGACGGCGAGCGCUUCUGGCUCGUGUACACGGACGUCAAGCGCAAGGACGGCUCGUUCAAGGACGCGCACAACUACAUCGUCAGCGCGCCGGCCAUCGAGGGCCCCUGGUCGGACCCGGUGUACGCCAACUCGUCCGGCUUCGACCCGUCGCUGUUCCACGACGACGACGGGCGCAAGUGGUUCGUCAACAUGCUGUGGGACCACCGCCGCCGCCCGCAGCUGUUCGCGGGCAUCGCGCUGCAGGAGUUCGACCCGCGCGCCGGCCGCCUCGUCGGCCCGCGCAAGAACAUCUUCCCGGGCACCGAGCUGGGGCUCGUCGAGGGCCCGCACCUGUACAAGCGCAACGGGUGGUACUACCUGCUGACGGCCGAGGGCGGCACGGGCUACGAGCACGCGUGCACGCUGGCCCGGUCGCGCGACAUCUGGGGCCCCUACGAGACGCACCCGCAGAAGCACAUCCUCUCGUCCAAGGACCACCCGCACGCAGCGCUGCAGCGCGCCGGCCACGGCGACAUCGUCGACACGCCCGACGGCCGCACGUACCUGGUGCACCUGACGGGCCGCCCGAUCACACAGCUGCGCCGCUGCAUUCUGGGCCGCGAGACGGCCAUCCAGGAGGCCUGCUGGGGCGACGACGACUGGCUGUACGUCAAGAACGGGCCCGUGCCGAGCCUGUUCGUCGACCUGCCCGCCGCGCGCGACGACACCAAGUACUGGGCCGAGCGGCGCUACACGUUCGAGGCCGGCCUGCCCGCCGACUUCCAGUGGCUGCGCACGCCCGAGCCCGAGCGCAUUUUCCGCACGGGCGGCGACGGCCGGCUGACGCUGAUCGGGCGCGAGGCCGUCGGCUCGUGGUUUGAGCAGGCGCUGGUGGCCCGGCGCCAGACGCACUUCUCCAUCGACGCCGAGACCGUCAUCGACUUCUCGCCGUCGGACGAGCGCCAGUUCGCGGGCCUGACGGCCUACUACUGCCGCUUCAACUUCUUCUACCUGACCGUGACGGCGCACUCGGACGGCCAGCGCGAGCUGCUGAUCAUGGCCUCUGAGGCCUCCUUCCCGCUCGGCGGCCUGCGCUUCCCCCUACCUGCGCCGGCGCCGAUCCCGAACCAGGGCAAGGUGCGGCUGGCGCUGUCGAUCCGCGGCCGCGACCUGCAGUUCUACUACGCGCUCGAGGGCGAGCAGGAGCUCAAGAAGAUCGGCCCCGUGCUCGACGCCAGCAUCGUCUCGGACGAGUGCGGCGGCCACCAGGUGCACGGCAGCUUCACCGGCGCCUUCGUCGGCGUCGCCGCCUCCGACCUGAACGGCACGGCCGCCGAGGCCCACUUUGACUAUUUCCUGUACCGACCGGUGCACCACGAGAGCGACCGGUAUGAGAUCUAGGGGGGUUGGAAGGCGUUGGAUGCAGAUAUAACUUGUAAUUGACCACCUAGUGUGCACCGCACUCGAGGGCCGCGCUGCACAUCCCGUUUGCUUGAAUCUUGCCUGAGUCAGGUUUACUACGUGAUCUUGGAGGAUGGUUGACUAGGAUCAUGGAUGAUAUGUUUCGACACCUCCCUCCUCUUAAUGGCCUCCCGUGACGACGUUUCUACCCCG